GCCCUUGCCGCCGCCGCCGCCGCCAUGUUCCGUGCCCGCCGCCUCCUCCUGCGCCUCGCCGCCCGCCCGCCGCUGCCGCCGCCCCGCGCCCGCGGCUAUGCCGACCCCGCCGCCGGGCCCGUCCCCAUGGCCUUCACCUUCGCCUCACCCACGCAGGUCUUUUACAACGGUGCCAACGUGAAGCAGGUGGACGUGCCCACGCUGACCGGCUCCUUCGGUAUCCUGGCCUCUCACGUCCCUACCCUGCAGGUCCUCAAACCGGGAGUCGUGACGGUCUAUGCUGAGGAUGGCACGGCCACCAAGUAUUUCGUGAGCAGUGGCUCUGUCACGGUCCACGCGGACUCCACCGUGCAGGUGCUGGCAGAGGAGGCGGUGACAAUGGACAUGCUGGAUCUGGCUGCUGCAAAAUCAAACCUGGAGAAGGCUGUUUCAGAGAUGGCUGCAGCAUCCGAUGAAGCAGCUAAAGCAGAAGCUCAGAUUAAAGUAGAAGCUAAUGAAGCCCUUGUAAAAGCCCUGGAGUAGUUAAGUUGGGAGACUUACUCUGCGGCAGCCUGUGUGCUGUGCCUGGCAGGAAUUCCACUGUCGAUGUAGAGAAACCCCAGACUGUCCUACUUGUCCUGGCUUCCCCGAUUGUACAGAUGGUGCGGGACAAAUGGAGGCGGAGAAAACGCUCUGAUCAAUUAAAAGGAAAUGUAAUCCUG